AUGACGCCACGUGUCUUUGCUCCGUCUUCAACAACGUGGAUAUGCUCAAAUCGCUUAACCUCACUAAAGACAACGCUAGCUCUUGAUCUACCUAAAGCGUGUGGCGCCAACCCUGACGUCUCACAAUGCAAAGCCACCACCGGUGGUGCUACUACGCCUUCAACGUCCCCGGCAACUCCCAAAAGUCCCCCGGUGUCUUCCACCGGAAGCGGUUCCACCGGAGCUUCAGCCUCUUCAACGUCCACACCGACAAGCUCUGCUCCGGCCAUCAACUUCUCCGGACAUAGCUUCGCAUCAGCGAUCGUGGCGUUGGCAACAAUCUUUUUCUGA